CCGUGGUACCAUUUCUAGUCCUUUCCUCUUUCUAUCUCUAACUCUUGUAUACUUUUCCAAUAAAAAUUCAAGCCUAAACUGUUGACGCCCCACCCAAACAGAAACAGGCAAUUAAACAAAGCUAAGAAGCCACUGUCCGAAGAACCACCGACAUCGGCAGCACACCACCGCGCUCCGCCCACUAGACCAUUCUUCGUUGACCUUUCUCAGACAUUUUUCAUUUGCUGCUUUCUCUGCUGUUAGCAAGCGCUUACUAUCGAAGAUUGUGUCACUUUUGAGCACUUCAUUUUUCCAUCUCUCAGUCAUUUUUAGAAUAUAAUAAGAAUGGGUUGGAAUGUGAGACACCCAUUCCCAACAAAUGUCUGAAGAAGUUAGUUUCAGAUGUUAUGUUGUGGAGUUUUGCACUGCAUCAAGUUUUUAGGUGACAAUUAAAAGAUCCCAGAGUAUUGUGUAUUGUAGGUAGUGAAUUUCGUAAAACUUUUGGUUUUAGCUUACAGUGUUGAAGUUACUACAAGUGGUUUUCUUCAUAAAUAAGAUUUUUUUUGUAUAUAUGCAAUUAUUUGGUGAGUAAUGACCUGCAUAUGCUGCUGAGCUCUGGGACCUGUAAAUUAGAGGAAAUUUAAAAUUGAACUCAAUUUUGCUUCCAUGAUCACUGUGAUACUAUCUGUUGCACCUGGGAGUGAAGACUAUACAAUUAUGGUGCAAUAAGAAAGAUCGAUGGAAAUGAUGGAGAAAAAUUAUCCUGUUGAUUCAAAGGAUUACAAGUUGUAUGAGGAAAUUGGGGAAGGAGUGAGUGCUACAGUAUACAGGGCUCUUUGUAUUCCAUUCAAUGAGGUAGUUGCUAUUAAGGUUCUUGAUCUAGAGAGAUGCAAUAAUGACCUGGAUGGAAUUCGUCGUGAGGUGCAUACAAUGAGCUUGAUUGAUCAUCCAAAUUUAUUACAUGCUCAUUGUUCUUUUACUGCAGGCCACAACCUUUGGGUUGUGAUGCCAUAUAUGGCUGGAGGAUCUUGUCUUCACAUAAUGAAGACCACUUAUCCAGAAGGCUUUGAGGAGCCAGUUAUUGCCACAUUACUCCGUGAAACUCUUAAAGCACUUGUUUAUCUACAUGCUCAUGGCCAUAUACAUAGAGAUGUGAAGGCUGGAAACAUUUUACUUGACAACAAUGGAACAGUGAAGGUGGCUGAUUUUGGGGUGUCAGCUUGCAUGUUUGAUGCUGGUGAUAGACAAAGGUCUAGAAAUACCUUUGUUGGCACUCCAUGCUGGAUGGCCCCUGAAGUUAUGCAACAACUACAUGGAUAUGAUUUUAAGGCAGAUAUAUGGUCAUUUGGGAUAACAGCUCUUGAGCUUGCGCAUGGUCAUGCCCCGUUUUCUAAGUACCCUCCGAUGAAGGUUCUCUUGAUGACUUUGCAAAACGCGCCACCAGGUCUCGAUUAUGAGAGAGAUAAGCGAUUCUCAAAGUCUUUUAAGGAGAUGGUGGCUGCAUGCUUGGUGAAGGAUCCAAAGAAGCGACCUACAUCUGAGAAACUUCUUAAGCAUAAUUUUUUCAAAAAUGCAAAAUCAUAUGAAUAUUUGGCUCGUACUAUACUUGAUGGCCUGCCUCCACUUGGUGAACGUUUUAGGGUGCUCAAGGCAAAAGAGGCAGAUCUUCUUGUUCAGAACAAAGCUUUGUAUGGGGAUAAGGAGCAAUUAUCGCAGCAAGAAUACAUUCGAGGAAUUAGUGCCUGGAAUUUCAACUUGGAAGAUUUAAAAAGACAGGCAGCCCUUAUUCAAGAUGAUGACAAUAAUGUAAUAGCAGAAAACCUUGAUUCGGGGUUGAAGCAAAAGGACAAGUUCGAUGAUAAUAUUUUUCCCACAGAGAAACCUUCUUCUGAAGGGACUAAUCAUUCAAAUACUUCAGAUAGUCAUGAGGAUGGAUUUGAUGAUCUUGACAGCUUGGAGGAUUCAUUGGCUUCAUUUCCUAUUCAACCCCUGCAGGCACUGAAAGGGUAUUUUGAUAUUGGUGAAGAUGACAUGAAGGGUAUUCUUCAAAAAGAUGCAUCUACGGAUCCUGAAGUACAAUCGCAUAAAACUGUAAAUGAGCAUAUAGGAAAUACUGAUGCUGACAAUUUGGUUAGGAGCAGCUCUCUACCACAGUAUGCUUUUACUGGGAAGAAAAAAGUUUUAAGUGGUCCCCUCCUAUAUGAUAAUGUGAGCACUUCAAGGAAACAGAUUGGUGAUCUGGACAGGGAUAGCAUAAUUCCAAGGCAUCCUUCUGAGAGAAAUUUGAGUGGUCCUAUCUCGUUUCGUCAGAGGAGAGAUACAAAUAACAAUACAAUAGCAGUGGAGGAUUCUGCUGAGGGGGCUAUUGUUCAACGAAAGGGUCGUUUUCAAGUCACAUCAGCUGAUGUCAAUUCCAAGGGUUCCGCUUGCCCAAGUUCUGUUCCUGGAAGCACAGGUCUUAUGUCUCCAUACCUUUCAGCUAAUGCAAUCCUUCCAGCCUUGCAAUCCAUUUUGCAGCAUAACAACAUGCAAAGGGAUGAACUAGUUAAAUUGAUUAAGAAUGUGGAGCUAGGCAAUUUUAGUGACACUGUUGAUGCACCUACGAAUGGCGUUUCACAGACGUUGCCAGGAUCUGCUAAGGAGGGCGAACUUUUGGCUCAAGUAAUGCAAUUGCAACAGAGAAUUGGAAGCCUAGUAGAUGAGUUGCAGAGACAAAAGCUGAAAAAUGCUCAGCUGGAACGGCAAUUGAAUAAUUAUAUUGAAAGAGCUGAAAAGACGAAAGAUUGAUUGCAUAUGCCCCGAGAUGACUCUGAAUGAGGAUGCUUUCUUGUGGCUUAUUGGUUCGACCAACGACAUAUCCCCAUAAACCUAAUGGGAAUGAUGAUGGCAGCUGCAACCCUUUUGGACAACGAUUUUCUCCAUACAGGGGAGGAUAUCAAUCUUCAUAUCAUCCACUGUUGCACCGCAAGCCUGGAACAAUUGCAUCCUAUUUUUGUGUAUUUAUGUGGUACCUAUAUGUGAAUCCUUAAAAUUUUGAGUCGGAAAAUUAGUGUUAAAUUAUCUUUGUGUUACAUCUUUUCUUACAAAUCUUAUAUAUUUUGAUACUUGGCGUUCAUACAAGCGCGCAUGGCGAAGCUUCUCAAGGAGCUAUAAGAAUUCGGAGCACUCCCCUUUAGUUUACUAUGAGAACUUAGGACGAACUAUGUAAGCUCCUUGUAAAAAAACAUCGAGAGUUAUAAUUAAGAAUGACAACAGGUCGGAUUUGGACCGGGUUUAUCUGGACCUAUAUUUUUAUCUUUUUAAAGCAUGGAUGCAAGACUUGUCAUCCCUAACUCUUAAUGUAGCAAUGACUAAGAAUGAUGAGGAACUCAUCAAUCAUCAAGAAGAUUGAUCAAGUGAAUCUUAAAAUGCUUGCAACUAUAAUAAAAAUGAUCAAUUGAAAGAUGAAGAAACUAAUAUCUUUGUGAUCAAUCCUCUGUGAUCUUUAUCUAAAGUUCUUCUCUACUUUUGAGAGUUAAUUAAAUUUAUUAGAUUCUUA